GUUAUCUCUAUUUGCUUGUGUGAAAUUUGGCCAAUCUUUGUAUCUUUGCAUUUAGUUAAUCACAAUGGCUGGGUUUAGCCACAAAUGAGUAUGAUGCAUGGCAGGAUUGGGCUUUAAUUUCAUUUUAAUUGAUUGAUUAAUUCCUUGGAGCCUCUUAAUCAUUUCAGCACACUCUCAUAGCUGGAUGGUGGUACUGGAUCCUAUGAAGCCUGGUGGACCUUACAAGGUGAUGGCACAGCAGACUUUUGGGAGAAAGAACAUCACCCUGAGAGUUCAUGAUGUCUUAUUUGGAGAUGUCUGGCUUUGCAGUGGGCAAAGUAACAUGCAGAUGACGGUUUCCCAGAUAUUCAAUGCCACAAAGGAGCUGGCUAACACUGCGGCCUAUCAGUCUGUCCGCAUCUUCUCCGUGUCACUCGUUCAGGCAGAGCGGGAGCUGGAGGACCUUGCUCAGGUUGACUUGCAGUGGGCUAAGCCCACCUCAGAGAACUUAGGCCAUGGGAUUUUCAAGUACAUGUCAGCAGUGUGCUGGCUCUUUGGACGUUCCCUCUAUGACACUCUGCAGUACCCCAUCGGGCUGGUCUCCUCCUCGUGGGCUGGGACACCCAUUGAAGCCUGGUCAUCUGGAAGGUCGCUGAGAGCCUGUGGUGUUCUGACGCGAGGGUUGAUUCCGUCUGAUUCUGUGACUGGUCCCAGUAAGUACUCUGUUCUCUGGAAUGCCAUGAUCCAUCCACUGCAUAACAUGACUCUGAAAGGGGUGAUCUGGUACCAGGGGGAGUCCAACGUGAAUUUUAACAGGGACCUGUAUAAUUGCACGUUCCCUGCGCUCAUUGAAGACUGGCGCCAGACCUUCCACCGUGGCUCCCAGGGGCAGACAGAGCGUUUCUUCCCGUUUGGAUUUGUCCAGCGAAGCUUUGCUCUCUCACUGCCUGCCCACUGCACGCGUUCUUUGCCUGGAGCAACCUUACUCUCCCACACUUCCCUAGCCAACUUCAUCCUUUAGACCUCAGCCUGGGUAUCAGGUUAGGAAGCCUUCUGUGAGUAUUCAACAUCUGGGGUAGGUACCUCCUUUCCCCAAACAGAUGAUUACUUAGCACCCUCUCCUUCCCCAUGUUACUUGCGUGUCGGUUGCGCACAUCACCACGU